GGUGUUUAAAUGUUGCUAGAAAUAAUACAAAAGUAAAACUUUUGCAUGACGAUCAAGAGUCGACCGAGAGAUUUCUUCGGCAUUAUCGCCUUUUGGUACAAGCUCAAGGCUUAAAUUAGUUUUAGAACAGAGAGGUUCAUUACAUGUACAACUGAGAGAAACAUUAUGGACGAUAACACCACGUGUCCUCCAACAGCGACCGUCCCUUCCACAGCACCGCCUCCAAAGAGCCAGGACACCACUCUGAACGUGAUUUUCUGGGUUAUCGCUGUUGUUUCCUUUACUUCCAAUUCGUUAUUUUGCAUUGUGCUUCUUAGAAAACGGUCCAUGCUACGGAAGGCCCAUAAUAUUCUACUGUUCAGUUUAGCAGUCGUAGACAUGCUAACUGGAGUGUUCCUCGUGGCUACUCCCGGAUAUGCCAUAUCCAAGUCUGACUACCCAGUCCCUCUCGGACUACGCGGUGAGAUUUUUUGCCGCCUGCUCGCCAACAGAUAUCUGCUGUUCGCAAUGGGAAAAGUUUCCAUACUUCUUGUGGCCUAUCUGGCUGUUGAACGAUGGUAUUGCGUGUUCAGGCCAAUCAGAUACAGGAAUCAGUUUAACAGAAAACGUAUCAUCAUAUCUGUUUUUAUCAUGUUUAUUGUGACGUGUGUUCUUUCCAUGAAUAAGCUUUUUGAAACAUGUCUCGUAGGUAAUAAGUGUGUUUCGAAGAAAGCCCCUUACGGCAAGUACGGCACUCGAGCCUUUAUUAUCACUUACAGUUUUGUGGCAUUUUACAUUCCUUGUUUGUUGACAUGGCUCACAUUUGCCCAUAUUAUGAUAAAUCUCCCAUCAUCCCCUGGGGAAAGCGUAGAAAAUGUGAACAAACGAAGACGACAGAGAUUGCUUCUGCGCAUGUGUGCCUUAACAGCGGCCGCUUUGACAAUCUGUGUUUUCCCCUCACAAACCAUUUACGUUCUCAGUCCUUUCGGGAUCACUAAAAUUGGUAGUCCUGUACAUAAAGGGUUUAAUAUUCUUGUGUUUAUCAACUCUUGCGUGAAUCCGUUUAUCUAUUGUUUUACAAACAAAGAAUACAGGAAGGAGUUUAAAAGGCUCUUGGGGUGUAACAAAGGUUAUCAGGUAUCUCCAGAGACCGAGAUGGGACCAAAUCAUACUCAAGCAACUACGGCAAUGAAUUGAUAACAUUAACUGGUAAAAUCAAAGAGAGACAUAAAAUGGGUAAAAACGGGCUUAUCCUACUUUGACAUAGAACAUAAAAACGCAGUGAAGAAACAAAAUUGUUUUGGUGGGCUCAUGAUCAGCGGAGAUAAUUGAGAAAAUUUUUCCGUGACAACCGCUGUUCCCACGCAUCUUCACCGACUUAAAGGUCUGGAACGGGCUGGAGACAGUAUUGUAUAAUAAAAUUUAGCGUCAUGAUCUAAAUCCACUGCACGAAAACCUUGUUGUUCUUGCAUCAAGACCAAUUGUUUUACCAAGUGCAAAAAGACACGAGCUUAGUGUUAAUAACUAUUAAUGGCGUAUAUUUAUGAUCUCAUAGCAUGUUUUCUUGACUUUGUAUAGAAACAUUUAAAACCAAGAUAUCUUUUCACGUAAUCUUUCUAAGUAUACAUUAGAACUUGAAUUCAUAUAUCUAAAAAUGUGACCUCUAAAGGUGUAGCACAUAGCCACAUCGACAACUUUGCGCAUACCUAGCGGUAUGCUACCUUUUUCAGGAAAAAGUAAAUAACAUUUGCUUGUUUCAAAAGUUGUAACUGACUACCUGCAACUUUUCUUAUUACGCAUGCACUUGGUGUAAUAUGGUAGAAUAAACCUCAAUGCUGCAACAAGGAAUUUGAGGUCAGUAGUGGAAAUUGUAUGUGAAGCUUCUAUAAAUCUGAGAGAUUGCCACAUUUACAGAUUUAUUUUAGGACAAUCAGAGAUUCAAUUUUUUUUUAGUUGUGUAAAAAAAGGGUAAAUAUGGAGAUAAAAGACAAGAAAACGAAAAGAAAAUUCAGUGCCCAAACUUAGAGACAUUCCUUGAUCUACAAAAAAAUAAUGCAUGGAGGUACUAUGAGGUAAAAACACUCAAAGGCUUUAUAAGGUUUACGUUUACGCACUUUAAUGUUCUACUGAUUAGUAAGCUUAAAAAUUAGAA